GGAAGAAGAGCCAACCAACAUGCAGAUCAGAGUUUACAGCUUUUUCUAUUCCUUUCUUCUCCUGAACGCGUUUGUGCCAAAGUUCAGCGCUCACAAUCUGAGGACAAUAGAAGCAAAGAAGACACUGAACUAGAUGUUUCUCUGCAGCUUCGUCUUACAGAUCUUUGUGUUUGACCGACACACCUGAGACAAGUGAAGACAAAAACACCUGAGACUGACUUCUCCGUUGGCGAUGCCACACUGACUCCUCGAAGGUCACCAUCACAUUUAAUCGUCUCUUAGCAACAAUGGCGACCACGAAGUCGGAGGUCCAGCGGCGGAUCGUGUCGAAGGACGGCCACAACAACGUUCGCAUCGACAACGUGGAGGGCAUGGUGAAGCUCUACCUCCACGACAUCUGGACCACCGUGGUCGACAUGAAGUGGCGCUACAAACUCACUCUGUUCGCCUCCACCUUCGUCAUGACCUGGUUCAUCUUCGGGGUCAUUUUUUACUUCAUCGGCAUGGGCAACGGGGACUUCGAGCCCGGCCUGAACGCCAACCACACGGCCUGCGUGGUCAACGUGGAGACCCUGACGGGGGCCUUCCUGUUCUCCCUGGAGUCGCAGACCACCAUCGGCUACGGCUUCCGCUACAUCUCCGAGGAGUGCCCGCUGGCCAUCUUCACCCUGGUGGCUCAGCUGGUCAUCACGGGCCUGGCGGAGAUCUUCGUCACCGGCGCCUUCCUGGCCAAGCUGGCUCGGCCCAAGAAGCGAUCGGAGACCAUCAAGUUCAGCCAGUCGGCGGUGGUGUGCCGGCGGCGGGGUAAGCUGUGCCUGAUGGUGCGGGUGGCCAACAUGAGGAAGAGCCUGCUGAUCCAGUGUCAGCUGACAGGGAAGCUGCUCCACUCCAACGUGACGGAGGAAGGCGAGAAGACGCAGAUCCACCAGAGCUCCGUGGACUUCUUCAUGGACUCCAGCAGCGAGUGCCCGUUCCUCAUCCUCCCGCUGACCUUCUACCACACGCUGGACGAGCACAGUCCUCUGGCCGGGCUCAACGCCGAGACUCUGCGUACGCGGGACUUCGAGAUGCUCGUGACCUUGAACGCCACGAUGGAGUCGACGGCGGCCACGUGUCAGAGUCGCACCUCCUACGUCCCCCAGGAGAUCCUCUGGGGCUACGAAUUCAAGCCUGUUCUCUUCAGCACCACCGGAGGGCGCUAUGUGGCCGACUUCAACUUCUUCGACAAGGUUCAAGUGAGCAACGACGCGACGCUCCUCAGCGGCAACACGGAGAAACUCAAACUGGAGGAGGAUUUCAAGAAAGAGUAGCGUUGUCAUGGCUACGGUUUAAAGAAACGGAGAUAUAUGUUAGUUAGUCAGUUGUGACAAUUAUAUUGGAUUUUUACACAAUUACAUGAAAAGUAGAAUCUCACUUUCA